AUGGAGCAGAAGGUAGGCUUAAUGUCAUCCCACUCUCAGCCACGCCGGUGUCACUCACCCAAGCCCAUAUCGCCAACGUCUUGGUCUUCGUCAUCGCCAACGUCACCUUCAACGUCUACCCCGGGAACGCUCUUGGAAUCAAAUCCAAACAUAUUUGAAGUCCCAACAAUCAAAGCUACCGUCGAGUCCGGGUUCCUAUACCACCAGCGCUUAUUUGAGAACAAUGUCCCCCCUGCCGAAUGGAAGCAGUUCAGUGAUGAGAUGGUAGAGGCGUUUGCGCUUACGACAGCAGAGAAAAUCGCUGCCUGGACUGUUGGAAUAAGCGUUGGCCUCGUAAGCGCCGUGCCCUUGCUGGUCUUUGGUGCUGCGCCAGGCUACUAUGCUGGAAAGGCCGUGAAUGCCAUGUCCAUCGAGACCAAAGUCAAGGAUUACUUGCAAGAAGAAGGGGAAUUGGUCACUGUCUUGAAACGCUGGAAUAAUACCGCCUUUAAAAAUAGAGGAAUAUACGUCAGACUGGCUCUUCCCAGGAAAAAGACAAAAGAAGGCUCUAAAUCUGGCAGCGGAACUUUUGAUUUCAUGUCCUUUGGUGCAAAGAAAAAGGCAAAAGGGAAAGAUCGCUCACAAGAUGGUGAAGGUGGAGGGGAAAUCGACAAGAAGGAAGAGAAGAAGUUGCAUAAGCGAUAUCGGCUGAUCAUUGAGGUUGUGGGUGUUGAACCAAAGCAAAAGUCCUGGAAAGAACACGACAAUAAUAUCCCUCUGCCCAAGGGUAUACUGGAAUUGAAUGGCGACGAUGGACAUAAUACAGUUCCCGAAUAUACUCCCCGAGGCACACCCCCGUAUAGAAGCGGCUCGCACCCAGCAGAACUUGAGCCAACUUUUACUAAUCGGAGAGUAGAACUGGACGGUGUUAGUUAUGGGCCUUCUGCAGAGCUUGAAGGGGGUGGCAGGGUGGUCGAACUCCCAGCGGAGCCCCAAACAAUCGUUCAUGAACUUGCCUGA